GUUUCACUUCCUUGUCUUCUGAGCUGUAUCCGGGUCGUUGCUUUCCCUAUUGUCUCAAGCAACCGGCCUCGGACUGUGUCAGUUACGUGGGUCUUUUGUUGCUUUCUGGUGCAGGCUAAUAAAGUUUUAAAAAUUAUUUUUCUAGUCGUUUUAACGGGGGGGAAUCGAUUCCCCUGGGCCGGAGGGCUGGCCGCACUGCCAGAGCCGUCGGGCGCACCGUGGGAAGGGGAGCUAGCGGCCGAGGCCGGGUCUGCGAGGGUUGGGGGGCGGGGGGCGGGAGGGGACGGCGGGGCUGGCGUGCCGGGGGCUCCCGAGGCCGGUCCGAGGCGCCGCUUUUAAAUAGCAUCCUUCGGACUUGUUUCCGCGGUCCCAGUCCCCGACCUCGGCGCUGCUCGGGCUCGCAGCCUCUCCUUAGGUCUUCUCCAAACGACCACCUCACGGAUUCCUUAUGGAUCGCAGCUCCAAGAGGAGGCAGGUGAAGCCUUUGGCAGCUUCUCUGCUAGAAGCUCUCGAUUAUGAUAGUUCAGAUGACAGUGACUUUAAAGUUGGAGAUGCCUCAGAUUCAGAAGGGAGUGGUAAUGGAAGUGAAGAUCCCUCAAAGGACAGUGGAGAAGGUUCCUGUAGUGAUUCUGAAGAAAAUAUUUUGGAGGAAGAACUAAAUGAAGAUGUUAAAGUCAAAGAAGAACCACUUAAAAAUUCGACAGAGGAAGAAAUAGUGUCAUCUGAAAAACAGUUAAUUAAAAUAGAAAAGAAAGAGGAAGAAGACAAUGGAGAAAAACCUAGAAAGAAAAAGGAGAAAGAGAAGGAAAAAGAGAAGGAGAAAGAAAAAGAGAAAGAGAAGGAGAAAGAGAAGGAGAAAGAAAAAGCAACAGUAUCUGACAAUGUGGCUACUUCUGCUGCUGCCAGCAUCCCAGCCACAAGUCCUCCUACUGUUAACACUUCUCCUUCUGCCCCCACCACAACAACAGCUACAGAGGAACAAGUCAGUGAACCCAAAAAGUGGAACCUUCGUCGAAAUCGGCCACUUUUGGAUUUUGUUUCCAUGGAAGAACUGAAUGACAUGGAUGAUUAUGACAGUGAAGAUGACAAUGAUUGGCGACCCACCAUAGUAAAGAGAAAGGGAAGAUCUGCAUCUCAGAAAGAGGGAAGUGAUGGAGACAAUGAGGAUGAUGAAGAUGAGGGAAGUGUGAGUGAUGAGGAUGAGAAUGAUGAAGGCAAUGAUGAAGAUCAUAGCAGCCCUGCCAGUGAAGGGGGUUGCAAGAAGAAGAAGAGUAAAGUUCUUAGCAGAAACAGUGGUGAUGAUGAGGAACUGACCAAUGAUAGCCUGACACUAUCUCAAAGCAAGAGUAAUGAGGACUCGCUGAUUCUUGAGAAGAGUCAAAACUGGAGUUCUCAAAAAAUGGACCAUAUUAUGAUUUGCUGUGUUUGUCUUGGAGAUAAUAGCGGGGAUGCUGAUGAAAUAAUUCAGUGUGACAAUUGUGGCAUUACAGUCCAUGAAGGUUGCUACGGAGUUGAUGGAGAGAGUGACUCUAUUAUGAGUUCAGCUUCUGAAAACUCCACCGAACCUUGGUUUUGUGAUGCCUGUAAAUGUGGUGUUUCCCCCAGCUGUGAACUGUGCCCCAAUCAGGAUGGAAUUUUCAAGGAGACAGAUGCUGGAAGAUGGGUUCACAUUGUUUGUGCCCUAUAUGUUCCUGGCGUAGCCUUUGGAGAUAUUGACAAAUUACGACCUGUAACACUAACAGAAAUGAACUAUUCCAAAUAUGGUGCCAAGGAGUGUAGCUUCUGUGAAGACCCUCGUUUUGCAAGAACUGGAGUUUGCAUCAGCUGUGAUGCAGGGAUGUGCAGAGCAUAUUUCCAUGUAACCUGUGCCCAGAAGGAAGGUCUGCUUUCAGAGGCAGCCGCUGAAGAGGAUAUAGCAGACCCAUUUUUUGCUUAUUGUAAGCAGCACGCAGAUAGACUAGACAGAAAAUGGAAGAGAAAAAACUACUUGGCACUACAGUCCUAUUGUAAAGUGUCUUUAAAAGAGAGAGAGAAACAACUCUCACCAGAGGCACAGGCAAGGAUCAAUGCCCGGCUUCAGCAAUAUCGUGCCAAAGCAGAACUAGCUCGAUCCACAAGACCCCAGGCCUGGGUUCCUAGGGAAAAGCUGCCCAGACCACUCACCAGUAGUGCUUCAGCCAUCCGUAAACUGAUGCGAAAAGCAGAGCUCAUGGGAAUUAGUACAGAUAUCUUCCCAGUGGAUAAUUCAGAUACUAGUUCUAGUGUGGAUGGAAGGAGAAAACAUAAACAGCCAGCGCUCACUGCUGAUUUUGUGAAUUACUAUUUUGAGAGAAAUAUGCGCAUGAUUCAAAUUCAGGAAAACAUGGCUGAACAAAAGAAUAUAAAGGAUAAGUUAGAGAAUGAGCAAGAAAAGCUUCAUGUGGAGUAUAAUAAGCUCUGUGAAUCUUUAGAAGAACUACAAAACCUAAAUGGCAAACUUCGAAGUGAAGGACAAGGAAUAUGGGCCUUACUGGGCAGAAUCACAGGGCAGAAGUUGAAUAUACCAGCAAUUUUGCGAGCACCUAAGGAGAGAAAACCAAGUAAAAAAGAAGGAGGCACCCAAAAGACAUCUAUUCUCCCUGCGGUACUUUAUAGUUGUGGAAUUUGUAAGAAGAACCAUGACCAGCAUCUUCUUUUAUUAUGUGAUACCUGUAAACUCCAUUACCAUCUUGGAUGUCUCGACCCUCCUCUUACAAGAAUGCCACGAAAGACAAAAAACAGUUACUGGCAAUGUUCAGAAUGUGACCAGGCAGGGAGCAGUGACAUGGAGGCAGAUAUGGCCAUGGAAACCUUACCAGAUGGGACCAAACGGUCAAGGAGGCAGAUUAAGGAACCAGUGAAAUUUGUUCCACAGGAUAUGCCCCCAGAACCAAAGAAGAUUCCUAUAAGAAACACGAGAACCAGAGGACGGAAACGGAGCUUUAUUCCUGAGGAAGAAAAACAUGAGGAAAGAGUUCCUAGAGAGAGAAGACAAAGGCAGUCUGUGUUACAAAAGAAACCCAAGGCUGAAGAUUUGCGAACUGAGUGUGCAACUUGCAAGGGAACUGGUGACAAUGAAAAUCUUGUCAGAUACCCUUCAUGAGACCCAACUCUGCCACAGCUCAUCCUCGGAGGCAAUCCUGGAAACCUCUUUUAUAAGUGUGGUUUUAAAAGUGUGGAUUACACUCUCAAUAGAAUACAUAAAGGAGAACAGCUAUCUUGUCCUUUUCAUAAGCUUAUCACUGCAAAAAGUUGCCUUUGCUUGUGAGGUUUGGAUAGAACGUAAUUGGUUUGUUUCCUGGACUGCGAAGGCAGUUAAUUUGCCUGUGUGGAUUUUUUUCUAUUUUCUUGCACUAAUCAGAAGCAUUUGAUAUGCACCUUGUUGAAAAUAACUAGAUAAUGUCUUAAAAUAUUGUUCCAUUAAGUGAUGUCAUCUUGCUUCUUUGGCAUAUGUUUCUGGAUUUACUGAAGAGUUAUGGAAGCCUUUGGGACUAAAAGGAAAUGUGCAACUUAGUUUCAUUGUUGAACAAUACCAAUAACAAGAAAGACAAUACAAUCCUUUAGUGGGCUAUUCUUUCAUCCAGCUUAUUACACAUAUUCAUAUAUGAAAUACUGCAUUGGGAAACAACUAUAGACUCUUAUAGUAAAUGUUAUUUCUAUUAAUACUUAGCAAAACUGAAAGACUUGAGAAGCAUAUGACUUUCUGGUUUUGACUCAUUAGUCCUAGUAUGAAAGCACUAACCAUUUAGCAUGAAAAUUAUACAGCUUUAGAUUUUGAGCUCAUAAAUGAGAGUAUAUCUAUGCUGAUCUCUAGAUUCUUUAGUAAUACCAACAUUUAUUCAGUCCUUAUUGAUUCUGUAUAAACUUUGUGCGCAUUUUCACAUAAUUUUUCUUGACCUUAAAUAUGAUGUUGUGAAGUAAGGAGGGAGCGACAAAGCUUGUUGGUUGUACUACGUGAAAGUUCAAAGAUCUUCAUCAACAUCUCUAUCUUUCCAGAGGUAUACAGAAUUAAAGUUUGCUCUUCAAGCUUUAAUGGUACAGGUUUAAGUCAACAGAAAAAUAUUCAAUAUUUCUUCGCUUCAUUUUCAACUGAUUUAAAAGAGACUUUUUUGCUGAACUCGAAGUGCACAUAUUCAGUGUUCAGUGUAAAUUGUCAUUAUAUCUCUUGGAAUUUUCUGAUUUAUAAACGUGAUUUUGGACAGAUUUUUAGAUAUAGUGGCAAUUGAAAAUAGUUUAAGCUUUAGAAAUAGAAUAGGCAAUGUUGUAUCAGAAGGAAGUGUAAAUAUUAGUUGCUGUAUGCUAGUUAUAGUAAGAAAAGCAUUAUUGAAGAUGCUAAUUAAAAGUAACAUGUAUAUAAAAUAUGUAUAAAAAUCUUAUAGUAUUGAAAAAAAUGACCUGUAGCAAAACAACUUAUUUUAUUUUGCCUUAACAAAGCACUCAUUAUUUAUUACUAUAUAAGCUUAAGAAAAAGUUGGUAGUCAUUACUUUUAAAUUCUGAUUGAUUUUAAGACAAAUGACAGAUUGGCAUUUUUUUAAUAGAAAAUGGUACUAUAAUCUGGCGCUGCUUUGUAUAUGGUAAGAAAAUCCUAUUGGCCAUUUUAUUUUAGAUUUUUAAAAAGAAAUCAUUAAGUCUUGUAGUUUUAGUGCUAUUAUUAUUCAAAAUAUUUCCCAACUUGAUUUUAACUCAAUUACGUUAUCAUUAUCCUGUGAACUGAAGUGGUGUUUAUGCUAUCCUAUAUUGGGUGCUUACUCUUGACCCUCAUAAUUAUAAACUGCUUAUUAAUUCAUGAGCUGGUUGGUCUUUUUAACAUGUUUUUUGGAGUAAAUUUUGAAGAGUAAAUAAAACACAUUCUCAUGACAAUCCCCUGUUACUAAAUUUACAUGGUGAUAGGAAAUUAGUUCUUUUCCAUUGUUUGUACAGUUGCUGUUCAAAGGAGAUGUUAAUGUGUACUUAAGAAAAUAUGCACAAAAAUUGUUCCUUUUGCAUAGAAAUGUAAGAGCUAUGACCCUAGAGAUACAUGAUGGCUGACGUGCAGGAGAGAAAGGGAAAGCACUCAAAUUCAGAAAGAAAAUGAUGUCUGUGAAAUGGAAAAGAAUGGACGUGGUAGCAUAUAGCAGUGAUUUUAAAACUUGCUAUGUAUCAGAAUAAUGGGUUGGAUUUGUUAAAAUGCAGGAUUAUUGCCUUAUCCUCCUUCACUUUACUCUUCUAUUCAUCUGUGUUCCUGUAGUUUCUGAUUCUUGGGUCUAGGAUGAGGCUUGAAACUUUGCAUUUCCAGCACAUUCUAAGUGAUACUAGUGCUGCAGGCCGAGGACAGUGCUUUGAAAAUGCUUUGUAUAUAAUCUGUUUAAAAGGACCAUUUUGUUUUGCUGGACAUUGAUUGGAUGUCAUUUUAAUGCUCCUUAAAGGACCCUAAAAUUUUCAAAACUAUGUAAAGCUACAUAAGUGUUUAGACAUUUUAUGUAUAACAAAUGCAAUAUAAUUUUUUUACUUUUAUAAAUUCAGUUAAGAUUAAUUUUAUAUGCUAUGAGUGACAGUGUUAUUUUAGAUACAGAAACGAGUCAAGGAACAAGCUUUUGACCAUAAUUCACUUAUUCCUGUGUUAAAAAAAAGAUUUGAAAUCAGUUCUGUUUGAUGUUUAGAACAGAAUUUAGCUUUACCUUUUGUCAUUCUUAAGUUUAGAAAUGAUGUUUGUUUAUCAAUGGAUUCAUGUGUUUCUUGAAUGUUUAUCUGAUUUAAAUGUUAUUAAAAGUAAAUUGCUGACUAAUAAAUUUAAUGAGAGCAUUCAAACUGAUUAUCCUGAUUUCCCUGUUUUUACAUCCUGUUAAUUAGAAUACCCUUUUCAACAUUCAGUGCUCCUUAUUUGAUGAAAUAACUGUUUUAUUUGAUUAAUAAUAUGAAGAUGUUUUAUGUACCUUCACCAAAACUGGUUUCAGAAAAAUCGAAAAGACAUUUUAUAGCAUGUUAAACUAUUAAAAUUUAAUAUCGUUUGAACACUUAUUUUUGACAGUUGAAAAAUUGAGACAGACUUAGAGUGGCAUUACAUAAAAGAUAAAAUUGUUUUCCUCCUGAGUCAGCAUUUUGUAAAUUUAAAUGAUAUUAUGAAUUGUGACUAAGAUAUUUCUGAAGUGAACAUUCUUUGUAAAUAUUUCUUUACAGUAGUGUAGGUUUCUUUUCCCCAGUACUCACUGAGAUUUGCUGCAGGUAGCUGGUAAGAUUCAUGGCAAUUCAGGUGCAUAAGAAAAUGAAAUUGGAUGUUCAUGCUGUGUUUUGUAAAUAAAAUAAUAAUUCCAGCCAUUAUCUCACUUACCUGAUUUACACUGUAAAAUCAAGGACUUUCCUAUUGAUUAGAGCAGAAUUAGUUAAUUAUAAAAAGGGAAACACAGAAGUUGUUUGAGAUGAGCACAGCAGGUUGUACUGUUGAAAGAUUUCCAAGAGUAUGAGCAGAUAGAAAUCAGUUUAUUAAAGAACAAAGUCAAAGUGUUCUCUGUAUGGAAAUGUAGAGACAUUCUCUGAUAGCCAGAAGAGAUACUUGACCUUAUUCUGUAUUUUUAUUAAAUCCUUCAUAUUUUUUGUUUCGAUAUUUUUGUUUUAAUUAGUGUUUUAAUCUGGCUUCUGCUGAUGUAGGUAAGAGAAUUGAUCCCAUAAUUUAAAUGAUUAUUUAUUAUUUGGGUUUUGCUAAUUAUCAAAAGAUUUUUCAAUUAAUAUUAAUUUUCUUCAUUCAUACUUGUGAUAGGAAUAGAAAAUAACCCCCUACAUACAAAAGCCUUGUUCAACUAAAAUGGCACUGAGCUCUUAGACCUGAAGAGCUCUCCAACAAAAACAGGAGCUGACAGUAAACCUAUUGGCAGAAAGGUCCCAAGUUCCCUAUCUUUUGUGGUGCUGAUAACACACAAAGAAGCCUUUAGCACAGGUCUCCUGAUCUUCAAGUUAGGGAUUUGUCCCCAAUUCUGCACUUCCCUGACCACCACCAUGACCUUCAUAGUAGACCAUAAAAGAAUGGACAACGAGUGGAAACCCAAAUUGAGGGAAAGGAGUUGAGCUUUCCAGAGAAAGACCACCUACAGAAUCAGAUGUUUCUCUGCCUUUACAGAAGGGAAUAAAAAGUAGCUCCUCCGUCCACUGAGGCAGUCUGUCCUGCACAGCUGCCCGUUCCUGCUUCCAUUCUCUCUCCUUCCCUCUCAGCAAUCUCAGCCGGUAAAAAAAAAAAGGCCUGGUGCGUUUGUAAAUUCUGCAUUGUGCCUGGGGCCACACUUUCAUCUGAAGAUUUUUGCACUUUUUAUUUUUCUGGUUUUUGGACCAUACCCUGUGAUGGUAAGAGCUUUACUCUUGUCUCUACACCCCGGGGUCACUCCUGCUGGGAGCCCAGGGCUCCAGUGCUGGGGGCAUGGUAACGGGGUCAGCCACAUAAAGGCGGCAAGUGCUGUAUCCACUGUACUAUCGCUCUAGCGCUUUUUUUUGUGUAUGUCUCACCACUACUGAUUUGUCAUUUCCUAUGAUAAAAGUCUAUAGUAUCAUUAAUGAAAAAAAAAUUCAAAAUCUCUGCAUUUUCUUAUAUCCAUGAAAUAGAAUAUUAAAGACAUUUUCUAUGUUUUUGUUUAGAAAAUGUUAAUAUAGGUUGUUCUGUACUGAAGUCGCAAAAUAUAAGGAAUACUAUCACUGUCACUGUCACCCUGUUGCUCAUCGAUUUGCUUGAGUGGGCACCAGUAACGCCUCCAUUGUGAGACUUGUUACUGUUUUUGGCAUAAGGAAUAAAGAUUUCUUUAUUGAUAUUAAAUGCUACUGUUCUAUCUUUAAAAUGCAGAAUUUUGUCUAAGGCUGUAAUAUUGUAAAAUCGAUUUAACUUAUGGCUGCAGUUCUGUAUUUCUCCACAUGAGAAAGCAAUUAAAGUAAUUGGCUACUGCAGUGAAAAAUAUCUGUCACUAUUGCUUCAUAUAUUUGUGCACAUGUUUAAGCUACUAAUGAUAUUUUAUUUAAGUAAAUUAAAAUAAAACAAGAUCAGUUUUUUGA